GUGGACGCCUGGGUCCCGCCAGUUCCCCCGCCCUCAUUUCCCAUCGUGCUGAGGCGGGUGGCAUGGCGGAGAAGGAUGACACCAGAGUUUGACGAAGAGGUGGUUUUUGAGAAUUCUCCACUUUACCAGUACUUACAGGAUCUGGGACACACGGACUUUGAAAUAUGUUCUUCUCUGUCACCAAACCCAGAGAAAUGCUCAGUGACAGAGGGACAACAAAAGCCCCCUCUGAGAGCCCUGCCAAAACAAGGCAUUCUGUUAAAAGUGGCUGAAACCAUCAAAAGUUGGAUUUUUUCUCAGUGCAGUAAGAAAGAUGACUUACUUCACAAGUUGGAUACUGGAUUCCGACUCGACUCACUACAUACCAUCCUGCAACAGGAAGUCCUGUUACAAGAGGAUGUGGAGCUGAUUGAGCUGCUUGAUCCCAGUAUCCUGUCUGCAGGGCAACCUCGACAGGAAAAUGGACACCUUCCAACACUUCGCUCUCUGGCAACCCCUAAUAUUUGGGAUGUCUCGAUGCUGUUUGCUCUCAUUAGUUUGCUUAUUAUGCUUCCCACUUGGUGGAUUGUAUCUACCUGGCUAGUAUGGGGAGUGAUUCUAUUUGCUUAUCUGAUCAUGAGAGCUUCAAGAUUGUGGAGGACAGCCAAACUACAAGUAACCCUAAGAAAACACAGUGUCCGUUUGGAAGACACGGCAACAAAUAGCCGAGCUUUUACUAAUCUUGUGAGAAAAGCUUUACGUCUCAUUCAAGAAACCGAAGUCAUUUCCAGAGGAUUUACACUUUUGCUUGACAGGGUCAGUGCUGCUUGCCCAUUUAAUAAAGCUGGACAGCAUCCCAGUCAGCAUCUCAUCGGUCUUCGGAAAGCUGUCUACAGAACCGUGAGAGCCAACUUUCAAGCAGCAAGGAUAGCUACCCUGUAUAUGUUGAAAAACUACCCCCUGAACUCUGAGAGUGACAAUGUAACCAACUACAUCUGUGUGGUGCCUUUUAAGGAGCUGGGCCUUGGACUUAGUGAAGAGCAGAUUUCAGAAGAGGAAGCACAUAACCUUACAGAUGGCUUCAGCCUGCCCGCAUUGAAGGUUUUGUUCCAACUCUGGGUGGCACAGAGUUCAGAGUUCUUCAGACGGUUAGCUCUGUUACUUUCUACAACUAAUGCACCUCCUGGACCCUUACUUACUUCCGCACUUUUGCCUCAUCGUAUUUUAUCUGAUGUGACUCAGGGUCUACCUCACGUUCAUUCUGCCUGCUUGGAAGAGCUUAAGCGCAGCUAUGAGUUCUAUCGGUACUUUGAAACUCAGCACCAAUCAGUACCCCAGCGCUUAUCCAAAACUCAGCAGAAGUCAAGGGAACUGAAUAAUGUUCACACAGCUGUACGCAGCUUGCAGCUCCAUCUGAAAGCAUUACUGAAUGAGGUAAUAAUUCUUGAAGAUGAACUUGAAAAGCUUGUUUGUACUAAGGAAACACAAGAACUAGUGUCAGAAACUUAUCAAAUCCUGGAACAGAAAUUAAGGCUGAUUCAGCCCCAUGUUCAAGCAAGCAACAAUUGCUGGGAAGAGGCCAUCUCUCAAGUGGACAAACUGCUACGAAGAAACACAGAUAGAAAAGACAAACCUGAUGUGGCGUGUGAAAAUGUGCGCUGUACUGUGGUCCCUCUGAUGCAGCCUACUCUACACAUUGCAGACAAAGAUCCAGUCCCUGAGGAGCAGGAAUUAGAAGCUUAUGUAGAUGAUAUCGAUUUGGACAGUGAUUUCAGAAAGGAUGAUUUUUAUUAUUUGUCUGAAGAAGAUAAAGAGAGACAGAAGCGUGAACACGAAGAAUCCAAGAGGGUUCUCCAAGAAUUAAAAUCUGUGCUGGGGUUCAAAGCAUCCGAGGCAGAAAGGCAGAAGUGGAAGCAACUUCUGUUUAGUGAUCAUGGGGCAAAGUCCGAAUGGAAUUAGAGAGGGAGAUGCUACACUGGAACCUGCCGUGACCAAUUUUUUUUCUGUUGUCGCUGCGUCUCUAGUGGAGUUACUGCAGCUUAGGGAUCUGUUUCUUGAAAAUGGACACGUUUUACAAAAUUGCUUUUAAAUAAACGCCAGAUCUUCAGGACGCACCUUUUGUUUUUCUUCUGCCAUGCCUCAUAAUAUAUAUGUUGUAUUGUACUAACCCCUCACCCUGGGAGGAGAGCCUGCCUAGCAAGCAGCCCACUGCCUACUAACAUCAAGAGGGGCUAAAUAAAACUUCAUUUCCCUUGAAAGGACAACUUCUGCCGAAUGGAUAUAUAUUAUACUUAUGUAUUACGCUUCAUGCUGUAGUUGAUCUUGAACGAAGAUUUUAUUGCAUUAUAUAUUUUUCUGUGACAUUACGAAAUGUGUAGAAGUUAUGUCUUUACUUUCAUAGGGUCUUUUUAAGUGAUUGGCACGUAAGUUGAAUUGUAUGUUGCAUUUGUUUUCAUGCUGUUUUAACUUAUAAACAUAUAUGUGUAGAAAAUAUGGUUAUUACCUAGAUUAUUUAGGCUUUUUAUCUGACACAUUUCAGUGAAAGCCAUGCUGCUUCUUCGUUAAUGCUGUGGUCCUCAAAAUUGAGUAUGGGUCAGAGCAAAGCAGAAGGCUUGUAAAACACAGCUGAAAGUCCCAUGGAAAUGGGACAUUUUCCAAUUCAAUAGGUCUAGGGUGGGGUCUGAGAAUUUGCAUUUCUACCAGAUUCCUAGGUGAUGCUGACUGAUGCUAUUUGGUUUGAAUACCACAUUUUGAGAACCAGCCACUGCUUUAAUUUUGAAUAAGAGAAUACAUGAGGUGUUUUAAUCUUCAUCAAAACCCCAUCUCAUUUUAUUUCUUAAACAUUUUAUCUCUUACAACAUUCUCUGUAUUUAUAAAUUUAUGUUGAUUUUACUAAAAACUUUAAUUUAGCCUUUAUUUAUUCUUUAUAAGAAAAAAACCUACUGGAAGUUUAAAUUAAAGUUUAAAUUAUUAUUGGGCCCUUAGUUAUUAUUUUU